AUUUCGAACUUGACAUUAUAAUUCAUCAUUACUUGUAAAAUAUAUUAAACAUGCCACCAAAAGCUGAUUGGGAAAAAUACGAUAAAAGUAUCGAGGACAGAGAAGAAGAAAAGAUCGUUGCUUUGGAUGAAGGAGAUAUUAAACUCUUGACAACUUAUGGACAAGGUCCAUAUACAAAAGAGUUAAAGACCUUGGAACAAGAUAUUAAAGACAUCCAAAAACGUGUGAACGAACAUAUUGGUGUAAAGGAGUCUGAUACUGGUCUUGCUGCACCUAAUCUAUGGGAUAUCCCUGCCGAUAAACAAAGAAUGCAAGAAGAACAACCAUUACAAGUUGCUCGUUGUACAAAGAUUAUUCAAGGAGAGAACAAUGAAGAUCCAAAAUAUGUUAUUAAUGUUAAGCAAAUUGCAAAAUUUGUUGUAGAAUUAGUUCGACAUGUAUCUCCUACAGAUAUUGAAGAAGGCAUGCGUGUUGGUGUUGAUCGUACAAAGUAUCAGAUUCAAAUUCCUUUACCACCCAAGAUUGAUCCAUCAGUUACUAUGAUGCAAGUUGAAGAAAAACCAGAUGUUACUUAUAGUGACAUUGGUGGUUGUAAAGAACAAAUAGAACGUCUAUGUGAAGUAGUUGAAUUACCACUUCUUCAACCAGAAAGAUUUGUAAAUCUUGGUAUCGACCCUCCUAAGGGUGUUUUACUUUAUGGACCACCUGGUACUGGUAAGACACUUUGUGCACGUGCCGUAGCAAAUAGAACAGAUGCAACGUUUAUUCGUGUUAUCGGUUCUGAGCUUGUACAAAAAUAUGUGGGAGAAGGUGCACGUAUGGUUCGUGAAUUGUUUGAAAUGGCACGUACAAAGAAGGCAUGUAUUAUUUUCUUUGAUGAAGUGGAUGCUAUUGGUGGAGCAAGAUUUGAUGAUGGUGCAGGAGGAGAUAAUGAAGUUCAACGUACUAUGUUGGAAUUGAUUAAUCAAUUAGAUGGUUUUGAUCCCAGAGGCAAUAUUAAAGUGUUGAUGGCUACAAAUAGACCUGAUACUUUAGAUCCUGCUCUCUUGAGACCUGGUCGUUUGGAUCGACGUAUAGAAUUUGGUUUACCUGACUUGGAAGGUCGUGCUCAUAUUAUGAGAAUUCAUGCAAAGAGUAUGAGUGUGGAACGUGAUAUUCGUUACGAAUUAAUUGCAAGAUUAUGCCCUAAUGCUACAGGUGCUGAAUUAAGAAGUGUGUGUACUGAAGCUGGUAUGUUUGCUAUUCGUGCCAGAAGAAAGGUUGCAACUGAAAAGGACUUUUUGGAGUCAGUUAAUAAAGUUAUUAAAGGUUAUCAGAAGUUUUCCAGUACUCCCAAGUAUCUUAUGUGGAACUAGAUUAACAAGAAAAAAAAAUACACCCUUACUUUCUUUAUUUUUUCUCUUUUCUUCUUUUAUAAAUAAAUAAUAAUAAAAAUACAUAUAUAUGUAUAUUCAUUUAUGUGUUAAAAACAAA